GCCGUUGUAUAUUUAUUCGUACACACACGAGAUAACACAUUCGUUACAACUUUUUUCUUUUUUCGAUUUCGAAAAUGAUUUGUCUUCAAUCCCGCGAGUCGGUAACAGUUAUCGUUCGUCCGCUUGCUUCGUCGAGACGAACAUAACCUUAAAUAACACGAGUUCGUAAUGUGUUAAUAAAUGUACAUAUAUAGUUAUUUACCUACGAAUUAUUCUCAUGGAAUAAUUUUUCAUACACAACUAUAAUAUUUUUACACGUUGAUAAGUGUAACAUACACAUCUACACUCAUACACAUAUAUAUAUAGAGUUUUUUAAAUUUCCCGUGAGUGAACUGUCGCUGAAGAAAAUGGCGAUAAUGAAAAUACUUUUACGUCCAGAAAUUCGGAAAAUAUCUGGCACACGACGUCUAAGCAGCAAGCCGAAAUUUGGGUUAAUAUUUGACAUAGAUGGUGUGAUAGUGCGAGGAAAAUCGGUGCUGCCUCCAGUACCGGAGGCAUUCAAGAGGCUUCGGGGGGAAGAUGGCAAGUUCCGUGUGCCAACGGUAUUCGUAACGAACAGUGGUAAUGCCUUGAGAUCUCAAAAAGCAGAAGAUUUAACAAAGUGGAUAGGCUUCGAAGUGACAGAGGACCAGGUGUUGAUGGCGCAUUCGCCGCUGACAUUAUUCAAACAAUUCCAUGAUAAGCAAGUAUUGAUAUCGGGACAAGGUCCAACCAGGGCAAUCGCGAAUGAAUUAGGUUUCAAAAAAACAGUGACGAUGGACGAGCUCGUGGCGAAUUUUCCGAGCUUGGAUUAUGUUAAUAAAGACAAAAGGAAUCCACAGUGCGGACCCAUCGAUAAAAAAUUUCCAAGGAUAGAAGGUCUUCUGCUGUUGAGCGAACCAACCACAUGGGAAACUCCGUUGCAAUUGAUGGUCGAUCUUUUAAUGACCGAUGGAAUGCCAUCGGCAUUACCGGAUGUUAUUCCUUAUCCUCAUAUUCCCGUUUUGGCGUGUAACAUGGAUUUGCUAUGGGUCUCGGAAGCUCCCAUUCCCCGUUACGGUCAUGGGGCUUUUCUGGUUUGCCUUGAAGCUCUCUAUAAAAAAGUUACUGGGAAAGACAUCAAGUAUUCUGCGCUUGUUGGCAAACCCAGCGAAGUUACUUAUUAUCAUGCCAAUCAUAUGAUCACGAAACACGCUAGAAAAUUAGGCAUUCAACAUAAUAUUGAUACCAUCUACGCUAUUGGAGACAACAUCAACACGGAUAUAUUCGGUGCUAAUUUAUACGACAAGUAUUUGGCUCGUUAUUCCAAGGGCAAAGGUACAAAGUCACGAGGCAUGGAAGCGCUUCUUGGCGAUAAUUUGCAAUCGCCGACUGUGAAAGCGUGUAUAAGUAUUUUAGUAGAGACAGGUGUUCACCGUCGUGAUUCGCAAUUUUUCUCGGAGCACAAUCCUAGAGAUUUUUUACCUAUGGAAGAGGGUCUCUGCAAGCCUGCGUUCGUGGUCAAGGACGUUGGUUGUGCGAUAGAUUUAGCACUAAAGGAAGAGAAAUUGGAUUGAUUUAACUUGGCACACAGUUUUCAUGAAAAAUUAAAUGAAAAUGAGAACAAUUCGGAGAGCCUAAAGAAAAAAAUAGUAAUUAUACAAAUUGUGUAAAUUUUUCGUUUUCAUAAUACGUCUUAGUUUUUUUUUUCUGCUGAAAUUAUGUACAUAAAUAGAAUUUUACUUGUAGAUGGAACAUUUUUAUUUUACGACCAAUUUAUUUGAAUAUUUCAAGGUCGAACAAAACUCGACUUUCAACUCGCGGACUAAUAACGAAAAAAAAAUAGAAAUAAAAUGGAAAUAGUAACUUCGCGUUGAAGGAGAGAAAAAUUUAUAGAGGAAAAUGAAAGAAACACAGUCACUUAGCCGUAUAUAUAUUCAUAGCGAAGUCUUUUUGCUCGGGCCACAUCCCUAGCUCGAGCAACUAUUGAAAUGUAGAAAACUUCACUGUGAGCGUAUAUUGGAACGUCUAACCGUUGGAAUAAACAAGAAGCUGGACCUCUGUAUUAAAACCAAUGAAAUCCUGAUUAAUUCUAAAAUUUUAUUCACAAAAAUCAAUGUUUGGUUUCUUUCGAGUUAUAAAAACAAGUUCAUAUACCAUAAAACUUAACGAUGUCUUGAAACCAGAAAAUUUGUGGUAAUUCACUUUGCCGUGAAUUUUUUACGUGUUUAAUAAAUAAAGAUUUACCUGCGUUUGUCUCCGCGAAUAUCAAGUAUCGUAAACAAAAAAUAAUGCAGUUAACUAAAAAAAAAACAGCGAAUGGUUGAAUUCUGAAAUGAGUGUCGUUGAUGAAUAAAAGCGAGAAUGAAAUUUGUGACGAGAAGUUACACAAUUAGGGAACAAACGAAUCGAGCAUCAACAAAGAAGCAUCAAAUAUAUUCUAGUCUGACAAUGCAAUUAAGCCACGACAGGUCUAUUCUAACGAAGAUUCAACAUUAGUUUAAUAAUUCUCUUUUUCAAAUGAUCAUUUAUUUCUGAUUUGUACUCUAUGUAUUCUUAUCGAACAAUCGUAACGUAAUGAGAUUUGUAAAAAAAAAACAAAUUUUUUGGCUCAAGAGAAAAUGGGUAAUGGAGGAAGAUUUGGCGAGAAAAAAGUGUGAAUGGCCUUUAUUAAAAUUUGUAAUAAUUUUCCUCAUAUAUAAAAGGCCUUUUGCUCAACGACUCGAAUCACGUCUUUAAGGUACAUAUAUGUACAUGUACAUAAAUGUAUAAAUAGUAUACAUGCUAAAUAUAUACAUAGAAAUGAUUGCAUAUAUUUUUUUGCGCAGUGAAUAAUGUUCAAUGGAAAAUAAAAUUGAACGAUCUGAAUUCA